AUCUCUUCUGUUCUGCUGAAGAACGCCUUCUUUCUUGCACGCUUACGCGAAACCUUAUACUGACAUGACUCAUUCUUACACAGCUUGGAUCACAAACAGCAACUGGUUCAUCUGCACCAAAUUUGACAGAAUCAGGUUAUCAAGUUGAAGCAAAAGGAGCUCCAGCAGGUGCAAAAACAAAUUACGAUUCAUCUGCUUUGGCAAAAGGACAUCAAGCAGGUCCUUCGGCGCCCGGAGUAACGGCAGCAGAAACUGCAUCUUCCAUACCUGCCCAUGUAACUACAGGAAAUCAAGAUCUUGGUGCUGGAACGCCUUUGCUUUCAACUGAUGCACAAAUGUAUACCAAAGAAGCAGAAAAGAUUGUGGAGGAAGAAAGGAUUGCAUCGGAGAAAAUGCCAAAUUAUCCUGGAUUAACUGAACGUUUCCAGCUGAUCUGCAAGAUGGGAGACGGUGCUUUCUCGAAUGUGUACAAAGCACGUGUACGUAAAACAGGUCAAAAGGUCGCCAUCAAAGUUGUACGAAAGUAUGAGAUGAAUAGCAGCUCAAACGAUGGUCGCUUGGACCCUCAAUUCAGAAAGAAGAAUCGUGUCACUGAACGAGCAAACAUCUUGAAGGAAGUUCAAAUCAUGCGCAAUUUGAAGCAUGAUGGUAUCGUGAAAUUGUUGGAAUUUUCUGAAUCAAGAGAUCAUUAUUACCUUGUUUUGGAAUUAUUAGAAGGUGGUGAAUUGUUCCAUCAAAUUGUCAAAUUGACAUACUUCAGCGAACCUUUGGCCAGACAUGUGAUUCUGCAAGUUGCAAACGGUAUACGACAUUUACAUGAAGAAUGUGGAAUCGUUCACAGAGAUAUCAAGCCAGAGAAUCUACUCUUCGAAAGAAUCAAGAUCAUCCCAUCCAAGAUUGAUAAAGCGAGACCUUAUGAUGAAGAAAAAGAGGAUGAAGGAGAAUACAUGCCCGGUAUUGGUGGUGGUGGUAUUGGUAAAGUCAAAAUUGCCGAUUUCGGAUUGAGCAAGAUUGUUUGGGAAGAAAGUACAAUGACACCUUGUGGUACGGUUGGUUAUACCGCCCCCGAAAUUGUCAAAGAUGAAAGAUACUCCAAAUCAGUUGAUAUGUGGGCACUGGGUUGUGUGCUAUAUACACUCUUGUGUGGUUUUCCACCUUUCUACGAUGAAAGUAUCUCUGUCUUGACCGAAAAAGUUGCAAAAGGAUACUAUACCUUCCUCAGUCCAUGGUGGGAUGACAUUUCUUCUUCGGCAAAAGAUUUGAUUACACAUUUGCUUUGUGUUGACACUUCUAAACGGUUCACGAUUGAUGAAUUCUUAGCACAUCCAUGGUGCAACGUCAAGGAUCCAAUUCCCGAUCUCAAUUCGGCAGAUAUUGCAUUGGCAAAAGCAAGUGAGAUGCCACUCGAUAGUCCUCUAUUACUAAGUAUGAAGAAGGGCAAUGGUGCCCGACAGGCAAUGAUGAGUCCAGGCAUUAAUCAAUUGAAGGAAGCAUUUGAUGUUACAUAUGCCGUUCAUCGUAUGGAAGAAGAAAGUGCGCAUAGACGAGGUGCUGGCGGUCAAGAGAAUUUGCGAGGAGUAGCAUUGAACGAAGAUGAUGAAGACGGAGAUGCAGAACAAAUUCAAUCUGCUGCAAGAAGACAUGGUGAAACAUUUUCACCUCCAAGAAGUGAAAGAGAAUAUCGUCAACAGCAACAACAGAGACAUCAACAUAACCCAUCCACUUCUUCUUCUAAUUCUUCAGCUGCUCAACAACAAGCCGCCGCUCAACAUUACCCUGGUCGUGGUGGCGCUGAUAGAAAGAUGGCAGAAGCCGCUCUUUAUGAUGGAAGAGCGGGCACCCGUGACCGUGGUUCUGCAGCUCGUAACAAGAAGCAAUUCGAAUUGAAUAUGGGCAAUGCUACCCUAUUAGGAAGAAGAAAUCGUGGAGGUGCUGGUGGCGUACCUGGCAGCAUUGGACAAAUGUUGGAUCAUGGAGCUUCACAUCCAACGAAUUUCGUUCCUGGUAGUCCAAUGCGCGUUGAUUAGAACUAGAAAGAAAACACACACCAUCACAUCCUCAUCUCCCUUAUUCAAAAGCUGUAGACUAUUUUAGUGAUUCAUUUUGUCCCAUACACGGAUCCUCAUAAUUUCUUA